UGAAAAGGAAGGGGGGGCUCAUCCCGGCAUCCUGAGGGGAGGUAAUUUGCACGGAUCAAGGGGGCAAGGCGCCGUAAAGUAUAAAUACUGUGACUUCAAUAGAGGAUCACCAGCAGGUUCCCUAACUCCGCUAUACCAAAGGAGGAGGAAUUGGCUGAGAAGAUAUAUAUAUAUAUAUAUUUUUUUUUUCCACCUUCAUCCACAGUUUGGCUUGCAUCAUCUCGUAUCAUUUUCAACGAGCCACACCAUUGAUGUCUUAAGCAGCGAAGGGGGAGAGUGUGUGUGAGAGAGGGAGUGAGUGUAUGGUGUUUUUUCCAAGAGGAGAGGAAGCAGUGAUGGAAGAGCUCACCGCUUUCGUAUCCAAGUCCUUCGAUCAGAAAGUGAAGGAGAAGAAGGAAGUGAUAACCUACAGGGAGGUGUUGGAGACCGGGGCGGCGCGAGCAGGGAGCCGGGAGUCUUUAUCCGCGGAGCCCGGGAGCCGAGAGGAGGCGGCCGCGGUCGCCCGGAACGUGGCUCUCUCGCCGGGCAGGGAGACGGACAUGCUCGGGUCGGAGAGGAUCAGGGACGCGGGGAGUCCCAAACUCAUGGACGGCACCACGGACGUGAAGGAGCGGAAAGAGGACUCGAAGCCCAUCGAGGAUGAAACGCAAACAAAAAUCAAGCAAAGGAGAAGUCGGACUAACUUCACGUUGGAGCAGCUCAACGAGCUGGAGCGGCUCUUCGACGAAACCCACUACCCGGACGCCUUCAUGCGGGAGGAGCUGAGCCAGAGACUGGGACUGUCAGAGGCCCGAGUGCAG